AUGUUAUCAAAUAAACAAAAAAUUGAAAUGAUGGAAUAUAUUCAAAAAGAUCCAUUAAUCUCUAUAGGAUUUCGAUCAUGGGAAUUAUAUGAAUAUCCACUUUUACCAAGAACUAAUAAACAAAUUUGGACCAUAAAAACUGCAUCUCAAUUGGAAAAACCUCGAUAUGUUAUCCUUUUUUUUCAAACAAAUAGAAAAAAUCAAUGGAAUAAAAAUGCUAACAACUUUGAUCAUUGCAAUAUUAGUGAUGUUAAAUUACAUUUGAAUUCUCAAAUUUAUCCUUAUGGAAAUUUGAAUCUCGAUAUAAAUAAAAAUCAGUUUGCAUUAUUAUAUGAAAUGUAUGCAAAUUUUAGUGAAUCAUUCUAUGGAAAUCAACAACAAUUUUUAAUUUCAAAAGAAAUAUUCAAAUCAAAAUUACCUUUUAUUGUGAUUGAUUGUAGUAGACAAAAUGAAAUGUUAAAAAGCGGACCCGUUGAUGUACGUUUAGAAUUUGAAUCAAAAGAAAACUUUCCAGCGGAUACAUCAGCAUAUUGUUUAAUAAUUCAUGAUCGUAUAUUGGAAUAUAAACCAAUUAGUGGUAUUAUUAGAAAAUUAAAUUAA